AUGCAGACUCACCUGCGGACGCGACAAUGUGGUCCUGCAUAUACCUCGUGGCACGAUGGCAAAGCCGCCUUCUCAACAAGAGAUGUCAGCAUCCUGAUCCCCACCAUCAACACUCCCAAUGAUUUCACGGUGUGCAUGCGAUUGUGGCUCGCCAACGCACCUAGGGAGAUCAUCAUAGUUACAAUUCCACGAGAUCUGCAGCGUGUCAAUGAGUUGCUUGCGGCUGUUGAGCAUGACCAAUCCGUGCCCAUACAUGUGCUCACCGUGCCGAAACCCGGCAGGAGGGAGCAGAUGAGUCUGGCCAUACGGCACGCCACAGGCAAGAUCAUUGCAUAUGUCGAUGACGAUACGUACUGGCCCAGUAAUCAGGUGCUUCCCCAUCUGCUUGCUGGUUUUGAAAAUCCCAGAGUCGGUGGUGUCGGAGGCAAGCAGAGUGCAUUCGUACCAACUGAGCGCCGCAAGCCAGGCAUAGUCACCGCCUCGGAAGUUGCUUCGGUGCGCGCGCUCGCCGGCUCCGCCGCGUCCAAUGCAGACCUGUACGCACGAGAAGGCGUGGUCUGGUGCCUGACCGGCCGCACGCUGCUCGCCCGUGCUGCGGCCCUGCAGACCCCAGAGUUCUGCCACGCCCUGACGCACGACACGUGGGCGGGCAAGAAGAUCAACACGGGCGACGACGGCUUCAUCACGCACUACCUCAUGAACCGCGGGUGGCGCCUCGCGUUCCAGAGCGCCCCAGAGGCCGAGGUCCUCACGCUCGUCGAGCCCGCGGAGAACUUCAUCAAGCAGCUUGUGCGGUGGCGGCGGUCUGGGUACAGGACUUACUACGCGCUGGCGCUGCACGAGCCUGGAUUUAGGACGUUUUAUGCCUGGUAUCCGUACUUCGGCAGGCUGGUGGCCAGGUUCCUGGUCAGGCCACUGACAACAGUUGUCCACAGUCUGGUUUGGCUCCAUGCCUUCUGGGCGCAUCCAAAGUUCGCGGCCGCGUUGUUUGCAUACCAGCUACAUCUGUCUGCCUCGGAAGCUCUCAGCUUCUAUAGGCAGAACCCCUGGAUCGGCUACCGCAACAUCUGGGCGAUCAUGGUGAUGGACAACCUCUACCAGCUCAUCAAUGUAUACGUAUGUCUCACGCUAGGGGUGGAGGGCUGGCUCACAAGGGACGACAGCCAGAAAGGGUGUGCUGAUGACGAGAUGCACGAACUUGACGCCAGCUUGCAGGACGAAGAACGCUGA